AAAAUUGCAUUUUCAAUGAUUAAAUUAAUAAAAAAUAAUUCCCAAAGAUCAACAAUUAAUUUUUUUAAAAAAUUUUACUGUUCCUAUCAAAGCCCAACAUGGUCCACCUGAACAGGUCGACGGAAGGCCCAUCUUUGUCUAUGUAAAGCGCACUUCAAUAGCUGACCAACUUCUCAAUGAGACGAAUCUCAUGCCUCGACUCUUCGAAGUUCAAACCUCAGAUCAUACAAGGUUAUGGCCGUCUCUUUCCUUUCGAACUUCUUCCCCACCUUGCUUCCUUCAAAUUCACCGUGGCCGCGUCCAACCUGCUUCCAUUGCUUCCCCUCACAGCUCCGUCUUUCGCAGUCCUCAUCAGGGUGGUCGUCGAUGGUGACAGCCAACGACCUCCCAGAAUCUUCUCCGUCUUUUUCGUCUCUUCAUGCAAGUGAUCACUCACCCAUCUUAUGCCCUGCACUUGCGUAUUCAAACAUUCUUUUCUUCAAAUCGGCUUAUAAUGUUCAGGUCAUAGUGGGCGAUAAUGAGCCCGAAGAUAGGCUGCUUAGCCGGUUCAGGAAAGAGGUCCUGAAGGCCGGUGUGCUUCAAGAGUGUAAAAGAAGGAGAUUUUUCGAAAGCCAACAGGACAAGAGGAAGAGGAAAUCCAGAGAAGCUGCUAAAAAGAACCGAAGGAGGAGGCCACAAUCAAGAGCUCCAGCACAAAAUAAAGAUCAAGCUCCUAAGAAGAGAAAGGGUGAUGAUGAAAAAGAUGAUAACUGGGAACUUCCAGAGGUAGAUCUUCCGUAUUGCUGAAAAUACAGGAACACGAACUUAUAGAUGAAAUGAACUUCAACUGAUCGGUCAAGAAAAAAGCACUUCAACUGACGACUUGGAUAUGACUUCACACAAGUUGACAUUUUUUUUUUCACUUGAUUUUAUGUGGAUUCUCUUAUAUAUCCUGGUAUUUCAAUUGUAAUGGGUUGAUGCCAUGGGAAGAAAAAGUCCAAUGUACAGGUUUGCCUACAGUUGGUAUGAUUUCAAUGAACUACACUCUUGGUAUUACUUUGGAUGUUAUGAACUACAUCAUUGUUA